AUGAUGUCGCCUACAAGUCUGGAUCUCUAUGAUGGGACAUCUGAAGUGAAACCCUCAAUCUUCCAUGGAGGAUUUGCCAACAAUAUCCCGUGCCCCCCAGAUGACUAUUCUUUGUUGAGCCCUCCAGUGUUAUCUGGCAAAGAUCAGUUCUCGUGCUUUCAAUUUGAUUCGCAUCACGAUGCUGCUCUCUACGGUGCUGUCCAGGUCCCACUUUUCAAACGACCGUUUGAUUCCUCACAUCUUGGAGCUUCUACACGGCUGGAUUUAGCUGAACAAUUCCUUCCAAAUGAUCAUGCUUGGCCUCAACACCCCUUGGAUCCCCGAGAGCUAGUCGGUCAUUCAUUGGAAGCCCUAUAUGAGACACACUGGCUUGAACAUGACCGUAGAUCAGAUACAUCACCCCCAUCUUCAGUCGGCUCCAUAUUUGAGAUUCCCUCUUCUCCACCCAUCAAUAUUGCAACGCCGGAAACCUUCCUCGAAGCCCCACAAUAUAUAAGCAGUCCGAUGGUUCUCGACGAAUCUUCUCUUUCUUCCGCCUUUCCUUGCAUGAUCAAUCAGCCCCCUCGCCAGAUCUUACCGGGAGAGGAGUCCGUAUGGGAUCCGGAAUAUGGAUGUCCUUCGCAACCGCAUCAACCCUAUCUGCCUUUGUCUUCUGGAGCCCCAGUUACACCAUCUCUUCAUUUCAUCCCUGAAGCAAUUGAUUUCAAUUAUCUCCCAUAUGUCAGCCCUUCUGAUUGCCCAACGACACUCGCAUCCCCUUACUCAAUACCUCGCAAAAAUCUUGCCAAGCCACCACGGCCCAAAACGUCAGCUAGAUCUCGAAAGCGCCCUCACUCUGAUACAAAUGCCCAAACCUCGCCAUCACUCACCAUCAAUCCAAAUACCCAAGGUUAUCAACUUUUGGACUAUCCCAUCACCAAAAAACGAAAAAUUCCUAAAGUCCGUCCAGCCAAAUUUGUUUGCGAUUUCAUCCCCUCUGGUAAGAGCACCUCAUGCGGGCAGAGCUUCGAUCGAACUGAGCAUCUGAAGCGGCAUUUGGUUGCACAUUAUGGAGAAAAAAGAUUUAGUUGUUCUAUAUGCGGACGAAAGUUUGGACGAAAUGAACCUGACAUCUUUUUCAGCAAUCUAAACCAGCACAUAAAGACCCAUGACAAUUACAAUGGACGUAACAGCAGGCUUCUGAGGGCUCGAAUGCUUCAGGAACAGAGUCAUCAAGCAGUUCAAGAUGGAAGGCGAACAGUUACAAUGUAA